AUAUCGGAAGGUAUCCAGGAGAGCCGCGGCUGUUUGGGUCGGGCGGUUAGUGCUAAUGCUAACCGGCUAACGCAGCGCCACACCUUCAACUUCGGGCUUUAGACUUUACCCGUUAAACCCGCCAGCUAAAGACCGGGGAGCGGUCCAGUCUUUCACCCGAGGGCGGGUUCGGCUCGGUGAGUCAGGCGGUACCGGUUCUGGUCACAGGCGAAAAUCCCGCCUCUCACGCGAAUCUUCCGGUCCACCUUAAAUGCGUCGCAGUCCGACUCAGUGCGUGAACGCCGUGCGUUAGCUGUGUACAGCGGAGUUAAGGUGGAACGGACAAUUCGAGUAAGAACUUCAGCUUCGUCGAGCGACCAGAGGCAGAUUUUCUCUCCAGGACCUGAGUUUCGAACCACCGGACUCUCCGUCCCGUCCACCCCAGCAGAGCGAUGGCUUUGCCGACACUCUCGGCUCACUGGCCGAGCCGGAUGCGAGCGCUGGAGCGUCAGAUGGUGCGCCAGCGAGAGCAGGAGGCGCGCUGGAGGCAGCAGUGGGAGCUCAACUCGCAGUAUUUUAAAGAGCAGAGCGUCCGCAGCAGCAAACAGGCGCACUGGAGCUCCAGAGAGUCCUACCAGCAGAGCAUGUCUGCGUUCCACCGCGCGCAGGUGAAGGAGGAGAAGAAGCGGAGUCUGGAGGAGCGAAGGGAGCGGCUGAGGAAGAUGCUGCAGGAAGAGAGGGACCAGCUGGAGGCUGAGCUGAGGGCCAGCGUGCCGGACAGGAGAGCCACGUCCAGGCAGCAGCUGGAGAGGACGGAGGAGCUGCGAUCGGCCAGAGAGGAGCGCAGGAAGAAGGUUGCACAGGAGCUCCUGAAGGAACAUUGGAAGACGAACAAUCCAGAACUGCGUAAGGUGGAGUCUGAGCUGCAUAAGGAUCACGUGGUGAGCCAGUGGGAGGUGCAGAAGCAGCAGAAAAGACAGGUGGAAGAGCUGGACGCUGAGGAGCAGCGGCGCUUCGAGAACGAGUACGAGAGGAGCAGGCGGGAGGCGCUGGAGAGGAUGAGGGAGGCGGAGGAGAGGAGGAAAGAGGAGGAGAGGGAGAUGGCGGAGCAGCUCCGGAGACAGAUGGAGGAGUUACGGCUGAGGGAGGAGGAGAGUCAGAGGCUGCAGAAAGAGGAGGAGGCUCUGCUGUCUCAGCGCUGGGAGGUGGAGCAGCUGGAAGAUGAGAGGAGGAGAGCGGAGGAGAGCCGGAAAAAGGCCGAAUUCGGGCGCUUCCUGAGCCGUCAGUACCGGGCGCAGCUGAAGAGACGAGCGCAAGAGGUCCAGGAGGAGCUGGAGGCAGACCGGAGGAUCCUGGAGGCUCUGCUGGAGGGGGAGGAUGAGGAGCAGAGGCUGGUGAGCGCGCGGAGGGAGAGAGCCGUGGCCGACGCCGCCUGGAUGAAGAAAGUUCUGGAAGAGCAGCUGCAGCUGGAGAGGGAGAGAGAGGCCGAGUUCGACCUGCUGCACCGUGAGGAGGCCCAGAGAGUGUGGGAUAAGAGAGAAGCUGAGUGGGAGAAGGAGAAGAGAGCCAGAGAGAGACUCAUGCAGGAGGUAUUGUGGGUGCGUCAGCAGCAGCUGGAAGAGCGAAUGCAGGAGAAGCGGAGGGAGCUGGAGGAGUCUGAGCGGAGGAGGGCGGAGCUCCAGAGGAUGCUGGAGGAGCAGGAGGAGGAGCAGAGGCAGGAGAGAGAGGAGCAGGUGCAGCUCCGCACGGCGCGCGUGCAGGACAUCAACGCACAGGUGGAGAGGAGGCGCAGGGAGCAGUGGGAGGAGCAACAGAAGCUGGAGCGUGAGGAGGCGGGGCGAAGGGAGGCGCUAAGGCAUCAGGAGGAAGAGCUUCGCCUGGAGACUCGGAGAAUGAUGGACCAGGGCUACGAGGAAAGGAUACGCAGCAGACCCCGUUCAGCCUGGACAUGACGACCACACUCAGACGUCUCUCAGAUCUCCACACUACAGUCUUUCAACCCCGAGCUUCCCAGACCUGAGCACCCUACACUGCUUGGGUUGCUGUUUUCACAGCUUUAACAGCAGACUGAGGCCAGACAGGGCUUUUUAAUAGAGGUCAUUUCAGUGGAGGCACACACCAGGACUAGAACUGGGACACAAGUUUAAUAAUUAUUGCGUUUAGAUGAUCUACACCACAGCCUGUCCGUCAGAAAGUAUCUCAAAGUAGGAGCGCAGAUCUAAAAUCUGGCCUGGGACAAGACUACUUUACAGUCAUAUGCGAAAGUGUGGUCCAAUUACAUGCUUUACUGGUUUUGUCAGAGCGGUUUGGUGUGAAACGCUCUGUUCUAGAGAAACUUCCAGUCAGAACUGUUCACAAUGGUGGUGAUAAGACGUCCACCUCUAAAAGCUCCUCACAGAAAGGCUGUAGUUUGAUGUCUGUUUUACAUCCGUUCUGAGGAGAUUUUGCCCUGAUAAGUAUGUUUUUAAAACAAUAUUCCUGGUGGAGGGACACAUGCAGGAUAUUAUGAGGAAAAUAGUGCCCAAAGAAGACAAAUUACAGAUUUGUCACCGAUUUACUUUCAUCAGCAUUACAUGUAGAACUGAGAAGACCCGUGUAGGUUCACUGGUGGUGAAUAAAACGGCUGUAUCUGUGUUGUAGUCGUGGCGACCCCUGGUUCCCAUCACCUCCACUGUAAAGAGUCUCUACAAUCAACCAUUUCAUCUUAAGUACUAAUUCUCUGCUGAGAUUUUUAAAAAACAGCGAAAUUUCCAUUUAAAUAGGGCACGUCGUACUAAUUUUAAUGCACAAUUUCUUUUCAUUUGCUGAUUUUAACGUGUAGGAAAACAUAAAUGUGUAGGAUGUCUUAACUUAUUUUCACCUACAAAGCCAACAAAACAUGUAGUUUGACCAAAACUUUUGCAAAGAUUUCAACGAAACUGGUCACAAAGUUAGCACAACAAAUGAACCUGCUUCACGGACGUAGCUCGGGUGCUGCUUGAUGAGCUUUUUAUAGAGAUGUUUCAUAGGGAUGUGUUAUGUUUUUAAAUCUAACAUAUUGCAGGCUGCUGAUUUUGUAGAUUUCUGCUGGCUUUGGGCUUUUUCAGAUAAAUUAAAAUAGUAUGUUUGUUUAUUUAUAUGAUUUUGUAUGUAGUUCCAAAUAUAUAAUUAAACAUGCUUUUGCCAAAA